AGCAAUAAAAAUAAAUAAAUAAAUAGAAAGACAGAGAGCAGUUCACCAGCCAGUGUUUGUUAUAUAUGUUCCCGUAUGAAAGCAGGGGAACCAGUCUCAAGUUUCUCCAGUGAUCUUGCUGUAACUGGCGGUUGUUAGAAAACAUAAAAGAGAGACAGGAAAAAUGGGGUGGGCAAUAGCACUGCACGGUGGCGCCGGCGAUAUACCACUUAAUCUGCCACCGGAACGCCGCCUCCCUCGAGAGGCUGCACUCCGCCACUGCCUCGAGAUCGGUGUGGCCGCUCUCCAAGCUCAAAAACACCCCCUUGAUGUAGUCGAACUAGUGGUCCGUGAACUAGAAAACCACCCCAACUUUAAUGCUGGUAAAGGAUCUGUGCUAACCACUGAAGGCACAGUCGAGAUGGAGGCUUGUAUUAUGGAUGGCAAAACAAAAAAAUGUGGAGCUGUUUCUGGUCUCACAACUGUUGUCAAUGCAAUAUCAUUAGCACGAUUGGUCAUGGAGAAGACGCCUCAUAUAUAUCUUGCAUUUGAUGGAGCGGAGGCUUUUGCAAGGGAACAAGGUGUUGAGACAGUUGAUUCAAGUCAAUUUGUAACCCCAGAAAAUGUCGAGAGGCUAAAGCAGGCGAAAGAAGCCAAUAGAGUCCAGAUUGAUUACACACAACCCAUUCAGAAAAAUGAGGAAACCCAAAAUCCAAACGCUGAUGGAGACAGCCAAAUUGGAACUGUUGGGUGUGUGGCUGUUGAUACGAAUGGGAACUUAGCUUCUGCAACUUCCACUGGUGGAUUGGUAAAUAAAAUGGUGGGUAGGAUUGGGGACACACCUAUAAUAGGUGCAGGAACAUACGCCAAUAAUCUCUGUGCAGUUUCUGCUACAGGCAAAGGAGAAUUUAUAAUACGAGGUACUGUUGCUAGGGAUGUGGCUGCUCUGAUGGAGUAUAAAGGUCUCUCUCUCAUGGAAGCAGCAGCUUAUGUUGUUGAGCAGUGCGUUCCAAGAGCAACAGUUGGAUUGGUUGCUGUGUCUGCCACAGGAGAAGUCACCAUGCCGUUUAAUACAACUGGGAUGUUCCGUGCUUGUGCUACUGAAGAUGGUUAUUCAGAAAUUGCAAUAUGGCCUCCUGUGCAAGAUUGACUGAUAUUGGUAAACUUCAAUUGCUUAAAUUGAUUAUCAAAAUAUGGAACUUUGCUAAAAAUUUGUAAUGAAUUGCGUUGAGUACUAUGUAUUCUAUGUAGAAAAUUGCAUUCCGCCUUUCAGAUUAUGUACUCUUGUAAUGCUUGAGAAUUGCCAGCUUAAUUGUGCAUCUGCUGCUAUGGUAACUGCUAAAAAUUUAUAUUAAUAUCUUAUUGCACUAA